AUGGUCUCGCCACAGCCUCUCCGGCCGGGGUUGAAGAAGGCGAUAAGUCACGGAAAUGCGCUCUCGCAUCUGCAACCCGCCCAAGUCAGACAGCUUCGGGAAGGGUUCGAGAUCUUGGAUCGCGACAGUGACGGUGUCAUUAAUAGAGAAGACGUCGCGGACAUGCUGAACCAGCUGGGCCUCCCGUCCAGCGCAUCCGAUGUGUCACAGUUCUUCCCUCCGUCCGCGUCUCAGGCGAUGACGAUGGCUGCUUUCCUCAACUCCGUAGCCACGAUGUUGGCAUCAUUAUCACCCCAAUCCGAGCUUCUUUCUGCAUUCUCUGCAUUCGACGAUGACGAUAGCGGGCAGAUCGACCUCGCUGAAUUGCGAGAUGCACUACUACACACAGCGCCAGAGCCCGGCGAGCGGCCCUUGACGGAGGCGGAGGUCGAAAAGGUGAUCGAGGGAUUCACAGGCAGGAGAGCAUUCAACCGCAACAUGCAGGGCGGUUUGGGCAACCGUCGCGAGGUCUUUAGAUACCAAGACUUCGUCAACUCCAUCAUGGGGACCAACACGGCGUCAGAGGGGGCAUCGGCCGAAGGGUCUGAGGAUUAA